UUUAAAAUUUGAAAUAUUCUAUCUAGUUGGAAUGAGAUCUAAAUUGUUGUGUUUCCUAUAAUCUGAUUUUGUUAGUAUAAAAGUUCAAAUAAUAAUAGCACUAAUCUGAUAAAAUUAUUUUUAAGCCCUAAAGUGGCAAGCAUAUAUAAAAAGAAUUAACACCCUUUAUUCAUUCAGUUAUCCAGUUACUCUCGUCCAACGGUUCUCUUAGCUUUCUGAAUUCAAUUGUGCAUCAUCACCAGUAGUAGUUUUUGAUAUCCUGCAUAGCAGUCUGAUUCUGAUUGAUAUCAGUAGUGUUCUUGGGACUCCUGCCCUCCUUCAUGAUUCCCCUGUGAGAUCCAACGGACCAUUCCCAUUGUUAAGUCCCUAUCACUACUACCACUCCCUCAAUAAAAUCACCCCUUUUUUCUCUCUUCUUCAAACAAACCUCACUUCUUUCUCUUAUUACCAUCUUUGGCGGGGGAUCAUGGAUGAUAACAACUUAUCAGAUAUCUUCCAAGACAAAGACUUUGGUGGAGACGAUCUCUUUGCCAUCUUGGAGAGCCUCGAUGACUUCACUCCCACCAACACCGUACAAUUUCCCACCCUACUUGAAUCAUCAUCACUGCCCUCGCCUCCAACCAAACGACGGAAACUACUUGUUCCGCCGCCACCGCCUUCUCCCAAUGCCGCCGAGGAUGGACAACAAAGGAUGUCUCAUAUCACGGUCGAGCGCAACCGUAGAAAGCAGAUGAACGAGCAUUUGUCCGUCCUCAGAUCCCUCAUGCCUUGUUUUUACGUCAAGCGAGGUGAUCAAGCAUCCAUAAUUGGAGGCGUGGUUGAUUACAUCAACGAGUUGCAACAAGUUCUUCAAGCACUUGAAGCAAAGAAACAAAGAAAAGUUUACACUGAUCAUGUUCUAAGCCCUAGGCUCGUCUCAAGCCCAAGGACUUCACUAUCACUACCACUCAGCCCACGGAAACCACCCUUGAGCCCUAGGCUAAGCCUGCCCAUAAGCCCAAGGACUCCUCAACCGGGUAGCCCAUACAGGCCGCCGGCGCCCUGCAGGCUGUUGCAGCCCGCCGCCGCAGCAGCAAGCAGUUACAUUUCGCCGGCGGCGUCGAUAUCGAAUUCUCUUGAGCCAUCUCCAACUACGUCUUCCGCUUCCUCCAUCAAUGAUGACAUCAACGAGCUCGUUGCGAAUUCAAAAUCUGCCAUGGCUGAGGUUGAGGUCAAGUUCUCGGGUCCUCACCUUCUUCUCAAAACGGUGUCGCAGCGAAUUCCCGGGCAAGCAUUGAAGAUCAUUUCAGCGCUUGAAGAUCUUGCGCUUGAAAUUCUUCAAGUUAAUAUCAGCACUGCUGAUGAAACCAUGCUUAACUCAUUCACUAUCAAGAUUGGAAUUGAAUGCCAACUCAGUGCGGACGAACUAGCCCAACAAAUACAGCAAACAUUCUGCUAGCGAGAUUAUUAUUAUUAUAUAUGCACUAUUGAAUUGUUACUUUUCAAAAGGGUCCAUUAUUAUUUUCCAAACCAACAUCUCCUGUCUAUUUUUUACUAUCUUUUUUACUGUGUUUAUGUACGUAGCUGUACUAAUGAACAGAGAACGUGGGAAAAGAGUCAUUUAUUAUUAGUUUACAUGCAAUUUUAUUUUAAUUCUUUUUCCCAUUUUCUUCCCUUUAACAUGAGGCUACAGUAGGGAUUAUUAUUAAAUUCAUUGCUAGAUUGUAGUUUAUGUAUUAGUUAGUGUACUUUAAUAUAACCAGUGUAGAGUGAUGACUCUCUUGUAAUUCUUCACCACUGUACUACUGUGUUAACCAGCUUUAAUUUCAUUUCGUCAAUUCUUUAUUUUUGUUCCAAAAUUGAAAUACAGAAGCAGUGUUAGCACAUACCGUAGUAGUGAAUUGUUAGCAUAUACAGA